ACGCGGCGACGACGACGUCUAGUCGUCUAAUGUCAUUUGGUUAAACGUCUACGUUUUUGCGCUAGACUCUAGGAACGAGGGCUAGACUCGAUUGUUGUUUGUUGUUAAUUUUAUUCAUUGUAUUUUUGUGCGGCGUUGUUCUUUUGUUUCCUUUCAACUUUUCUUGUUCUGUUUAUUUUAUAUGCAAAAUUCAUCCACAAAUCCGAAUGGCAUACAAAAUUAAGCAAAGCUAAACAAUAACCUAGAAUUUUUGUUGUGCUCCAAGAUUCCAUUCAUUUAAAAGAGUGUUCCUGAUUAACCCCUUUCGUCGUUGGUUAAAAUUUAAUUAUUUUGUUCAUUUUCUUUGCUUUUAAUUUGUGUUACGAGGUCGAGCAUAUUUUUCUAAAAGAAAAAUAGUAAAAAACUGGCUCCAAACACAUUUUUUUUUUUUUUGUAUGAUUUCUCUAUAAAUUAUGGACGAAAGAAGUGAAUCUCAAAUUCUAUACAAUUCACCAAAAAUUGAUAUCAUGUCGACUAGUGUCACUCCACAAAUUAAGAAACAACCAUGGGGGAAAUUGUUAACUUUGGUUGGCUGUGCAGCGACCUUCGGAUCUGCAGUGCCAGUGGGUUAUUGUAUCGGAAGUAUAAAUGCUCCCGCUUCUUACAUGCGAGCUUGGUGCAAUGAAACACUCAUAUCUCAAUAUGAUUUUCACAUCACACCUGGAGGAUUGAAUAUUCUUUGGUCGGCAAUUGUUUCAAUUUUUCUAGUUGGUGGAGCAAUUGGUUCAUUGGGAGGUGCUGGAGCUGCUGAUAAAUUUGGAAGAAAAGGAUGUUUCAUGAUCAGUGGCGUACUCUUCGUUCUGGGUGCUGUACUUUUCCUGUUCUGCCGUCUGGCCCAUUCAGUUGAAAUGCUUCUAAUUGGCAGAUUUCUUGUCGGUCUUGCAUCUGGCCUCACAACAGCUUCUGUGCCAAUGUAUCUGACUGAAUGUGCGCCACUGGCACUUCGUGGAACUCUGGGUGUAUUUUGUUCCGUUGGAGUUACCGGAGGUGUUGUAGUGGGCCAAGUGUUCAAUUUACGUGAUAUUUUCGGAACAGCCGAGCUUUGGCAUUACGGUUUGAGUUUUUAUGUCGUCCUUGUUAUUGUUUGUUACCUGCCGUCUUACUACUUCCCUGAGAGUCCCAAAUGGCUGUAUUGUGUGAAAAGGGAUCAUGAAAGUGCCAAAAGAGAACUAAGGCGUCUUAGAGGAUCCAAUCAGAUGGCAGAGAUUGAGAGAGAAAUUGAAGAUAUGGAAGCUGAGGCAAAUGCUAAAAUGCAAACAAGUUCGUUUUUAGCAGUUUUACGUAAUUCCAGUCUUGCCUUACCACUAAUUAUUGUUUGUGCCUAUCAAGGAGGUCAACAAUUGACUGGUAUCAAUGCGAUCUUCUACUAUUCCGUGUCGAUAUUCGAAAGAGCUGGACUCUCUACAACCGAUGCUGAAUGGGCCAAUCUGGGAGCUGGCUGUUUAAAUCUUAUGACAUCGUUUUUGAGUCCAUAUUUAAUGGCCAACUACAAUCGCCGUCCAUUAAUGCAAUUUUCGUGCUUUUUAUGCGCAGUCUUCCUUUUAGCUUUUGCAUUUGUUCUUCAUUUUAUCGAUUUCUUCAGUUGGUUUGCUAUUGCAGGAAUUGUUUGUAUUUUUUGCUAUAUUUUCUUCUACCAACUUGGUGUUGGUCCAAUUCCUUACUUUAUUGGAUCUGAAAUCUUUGAAGUGGCACCACGACCAAUUGGUAUGGCAAUGGGAUCGCUAUCAUCUUGGUCAUGUAAUUUCAUCAUCGGAAUGACGUUCCCAAGUCUACAAAAUGCUUGGGGAGCAUUUGUAUUCAUACCAUUCGCCGUUACAUGCUUUCUCAUGUUCCUAUUAACAAGAUUCUACUUGCCAGAGACUCGUGGACGUGAUCCGAGAGAAGUAGCACCACUAAUUUCGAAAGGAUUCCGUUCAAAAGUUAGAUAGAAUUUUGAAAAACAAAAAUGUAGAGUAGUGGCUAUAGUUAUAGAUCAUUACACCAUAACGUUGUCAAGCUCAAAGUUAGUUAAAUUUGUUAAAUCAAUUAAUUGCAUGUGUUAAGUUUUAUUUUGGGUUGUUUUUUUUUUUAAA